UUUUUAUGUAAAUAAAAUGUUUCCAUUGAUUUGUUUAAAAAAAAAAAAAAGAAAGAAAGAAAAAAGGGAAAAAAAAGAAAAAAAAACUGACCUCUUUUGUUAUGUAUACAAAUAAGUAACAUAUUUAAAUGCAAUAUUAUACAUGAUCAAUGUAACAAACCAUUAUCAUUUCGGAAUAAGUAUGCUUUAUAUGUCGGCUUUUAACUUGGAUAAAUUAAUACAUUCGCUUAUGCAAAGCUUGGGUUAUGGGAAGUCAGAAAAAAGACAUUUCUUAACCUAUAUGGAUAAGACAUAUAAGAUACAAAAUGAGAAACUAGAUAUUUGUGAGAAAAUGAAAGAUGUAUAUCAAAGUAAUCUUGAUUUUUCAAAUCCUUAUGACAUAGAACAUUUUAUGGAAAAGCACACAAAUAUUUUCGACAAAUCUGUUUAUUCAAGAAACAUUCCAGUUCUUGCACCUCAUUUGAAAAAUAUUAAUACAAAAAUUAUUCAAAAAAUUAAUAAAAUAAAAAUACAAAAUAAUGAACUAUCUACAACAAAAUAA